AUGGGUGAGAUUCCCAAGGAAUUGGGAGCAUUGACAUUGAUGUUCAAUCUUUUGCUAAGUGGUAACCAACUUUCAGGCAAAAUUCCGUCAGAGAUUGGAGUUCUUUCAAACCUACGACAUCUUAACUUGGCAUCAAACAAUUUAAGUGGAUCAAUUCCUAAUCGACUUGGAAAGUGCUCUAAGUUAUUGAACCUGAAUUUGAACAAGAAUAAAGUUGGAGAAGGCAUUCCAAUUUCAAUAAGCUACAUAUAUGGUCUUGAAAAUCUAGAUUUAAGUCAGAAUUUACUUAUUGGGGAGAUACCACAACAGGUUGCAAAAUUACUUUCCUUGGAAAUAUUGGACCUUUCUCACAAUAUGCUCAAUGGUUCCAUCCCAAAUUCUUUUAAUGAUUUGCAAAGCUUGACUGUUGUGAAUAUCUCUUGCAAUCAAUUAGUAGGUCUUAUACCCAACAUUAAGGCAUUUCAUGAGGCUUCGUUUGAUGCCUUAAGAAACAAUAAGGGCCUAUGUGGUAAUGCCACUGGACUAAUGCAUUGUGUCGUCGCUGCUGCUAGCAACAACGUUGGUCAUAGAAAAAGCACCAAGUUCAUCAUUUUCAUUGUGCUUUCACUCUUUGGUCUUCUUCUUUUACUAUUUAUCAUGGCUGGAAGUUUCUUUAUUCUUUGCCAAAAGAACCGAACAAGAAAAUCUGAGUCAACGGAGGCACAACUUGGAGAUUUUUUCACAUUGUGGGGAUAUAAUGGAAGAAUACUCUAUGAGAACAUUAUUGAAGCCACUGAAGAUUUCAGCUCCAACAAUUGCAUUCAGAAGGCUAUGGAGCUGUUUAUAAAACUGUGCUACCCAUUGGCGAGCUGUAUGGCUUUUGUUCACAUCCUGUUUGUAGAAAGGGGAAGUUUGAAAAUGGUGUUAAGGAAUAAGGAUGAGGCAAUGGAGUUGGAUUGGGAGAAGAGGUUAAAUGUUGUAAAAGGAGUGGCCCAUGCCUUGUCUUAUAUGCAUCAUGACCAUUCACCACCUAUUAUUCAUCGAGACAUUUCCAGUAACAAUGUUCUUCUGGAUUUGGACUAUGACACUCAUGUCUCAGAUUUUGGCACAGCCAGGCUUUUAAACCCUGAUACUUCCAAUUGGACCUCACUUGCUGGCACUUUCAGAUACAUAGCUCCAGCAAAGUUCGCUUGUACAAUGAAGGUAGAUGAGAAAUGUGAUGUAUAUAGUUUUGGGAUUCCAAUAAUGGAAGUUCUUAUGGGAAGACAUCGUGGUGAUCUUAUAUCAUGUUUAUCAUCAUUGGCAUUUGGCAUCGACAUCGGCUUUGGUACCUAA